AUGCCUUCAGACGUUCGCUCUAGGUCCUCAGCCGGGAAACUUCCUGCUCUUCACCGACGACUCUGGAUGGAAUGGCCCAUCUUCUUCCGCGGGUUGACAACGGUCGCUGAGGCAUCUGUCCCCUUUGGAAUGACGGAGCCCGCCAGACCGCUGGCUUUCAUGUACGGCAUCGCCAAGCUGGACCUCGAAACACUGCCUCGGGAUGAGCCCGUGACGUCCUGGGGGACGGCAUUGAGGAAUCUCCGUCAGAUCAUGAUGAAUGAAGUGUCUGGCGAAGAAGAGAGGGCAGUGUACCAAGAUGCUCAACACCGCGUUCGCGCCGGGUUCGCAGCCGUGUUUGGGGACAACGAUAAGGUCGGAGGAGGAAACUCGCGGGUGGUUUUUUCCUGGCUUUACCACGUCUCGGAAAAUAUCGUUAGGCGACUACAGGCGAGGCAGAAUCUGGCGCUGGUAUUCUUUGCAUAUUUCGAGGUGUUGAUCAAGCGAAUUGAUGGCGUCUGGAUGAUCAAGGGCUGGCCAGAUCACUUGACAGCCGGUAUCAACCACACUCUGAACACCAUCGCCGAGAAUUUUGGUGGCAGCACCGCCGCCAGCCUCGGUUCUCACCAGUUCAGUCUGGACGACUGCCCUGACCUCACGUCAAAGAUUGCUGUGGUGACGGGCGGCAGCGAAGGCAUUGGGUACGGCGUCACCCACACUCUCCUGAAGCACAACAUCGCCAAGCUCUACAUCCUUUCCGUCUCCAAGGAAGUCGUGGAGGGCGCCCAGGAUGCCAUCGCCAAGGACCUAGGCACGGAGAAGGCGAACCGCACUAAGUGGUUCCAGUGCGACAUGUCGGACUGGAAGCGCGUCAAGGAGGUCGCGGAGGCGAUCAAGAACGACGCCGACCGCCUCGACAUCCUCGUCAACAACGCUGGCCGCGGCAUCAUGAGCUUCGAGCUGACGGACUACGGCGUGGACAGGCACAUGGCUCUUAACCACAUGGGCCACGUGGUAUUGACAAGUCACCUGCUGCCGCUGAUUAAGGAGACGGCGGAGAAGGGCAACGUGGUUCGCAUCGUGAACCAGGCAAGCAACGCACAUCAGGCUGCGCCGAGCGAUGUCAAGUUUGAGAGUCUGGAGGAGCUUAACAAGGACCUGGGUCCGAAUGGACAGUAUGGACGCAGCAAGCUUGCGAACAUCUUGUACGCGCGGUACUUUGCGAGAAAGGUGACGCAGAACGGACACCCGAAUGUGCUGAUGAAUGCGACUCAUCCUGGGUUUGUAAGCACGAAGAUGAGCAAGGAGGAUAUUUUUGAGCCAUAUCCCUUGGGAGGCUAUGCGAUGGCUGUUGGCAUGGAACCGUUCAAGAAGAGUCAGUGGGAAGGUGCUGUCUCUGCGGUAUUUGCAGCUACGGCGAUCAAGGAAUCUGGCCAGUACAUUUGUCCGCCUGCGAUCCCUGAGGCAGGCAACAAGCUAGCGCAGGAUGAGAAGUUGGCUGAUCAACUGAUGGAAUUGACGCGUAAGAUCAUUACGGAGAAGACGAGAAGCCAGUCUGUCGACAAGGGCUGCCCCAUGGACGACCUCGUCUUGCACUAA